UUUUUAUUUUGAAAGUUUCAUGAGAGCUUUAUGCUAACAUAAAGAACAGUAAUAUAUGCCGGGUUAAUAGCUGAAGACAUUUAAUAAAGGCAUGCAUUACAAAUAGUAUCUAGCCACACUGGAAGAUUAGGACUUCAGAUCUGAAAUUUUGUUGCUCAUUAGUUGUAGGAUGUGAAUGAAAUACAUUUUUAAAGGGCAAGGUCAGUAUUCCAUUAUCCUGGAAAUGUCUUUGUUGAAUAAAUGUGUAAAUAUUUUGAAUAAGUAUUAUUAGAUUAUAUUUCUCUUGGGGACAUUACCUAUGGGAUGAAUGAUUCUACUGCUUGUAAUUGCAGGAGCACAUGUCACCUUACACGUCGUUCCCAAUGACCAAUAUCAUUUGAGAUGAAAUAAAUACUGAUUACUAGUGAUGUAACACUAUUUACCAUGGAGUCAGAUGUCUAAAAGGCAGGCUAGAGCUAAUGGAUUUGGUUAUUUUCAAAACAGUAUUUUCCAAAGCAGGAUACUGUUUUAAAGUAACACUGUGAAUUCUCAGAGUUGUAUAACUGGGUUCGUUUGUAUUGAGUGCGGAAGAACAUGCCUUUGGGCAAGCAGUUUCUGAUCGUUUUCCAUCCUUUAAUGGUACAAGGAAAAGAAAACUGUACCUGGGACUUAGCUACGAGAUAGCUUGGCAAUACCUUUCCUUCUCAUAGUGGUUAGCACAAGGGAUAUCAAGACCCAAAUUUGAAUGAUGGUGUCAGUGCAGCCAAGGGGCGUUGCCUCACUGGGAGCUGUAGUUGCAUCAUGGGUACGUGGUGUGAUUUCAUUUCAUAAUUGUAAACAUUUCAGUGGGUAUGUUUGAUUCAUUUGAAACUCUUGCCCACUUCACUGUGGCUGGACAGCUGAGUUAACAUGGCUCAAAUUGAAAUUAUUCCAUGCAAGAUCUGUGGAGACAAAUCAUCAGGAAUCCAUUAUGGUGUCAUUACAUGUGAAGGCUGCAAGGGCUUUUUCAGGAGGAGUCAGCAAAGCAAUGCCACCUACUCCUGUCCUCGUCAGAAGAACUGCUUGAUUGAUCGAACCAGUAGAAACCGCUGCCAACACUGCCGAUUACAGAAAUGCCUUGCCGUGGGGAUGUCUCGAGAUGCUGUAAAAUUUGGCCGAAUGUCAAAAAAGCAAAGAGACAGCUUGUAUGCAGAAGUGCAGAAACACCGGAUGCAGCAGCAGCAGCGCGACCACCAACAGCAGCCCGGGGAGGCCGAGCCGCUGACACCCACCUACAACAUCUCGGCCAACGGGCUGACGGAACUCCACGACGACCUCAGCAACUACAUUGACGGGCACACUCCCGAGGGGAGCAAGGCAGACUCUGCUGUCAGCAGCUUCUACCUGGACAUACAGCCUUCCCCAGACCAGUCAGGUCUUGAUAUCAAUGGAAUCAAACCAGAACCAAUAUGUGACUACACACCAGCAUCAGGCUUCUUCCCCUACUGUUCGUUCACCAAUGGAGAGACUUCCCCGACUGUGUCCAUGGCGGAACUAGAACACCUUGCACAGAAUAUAUCUAAAUCACAUCUGGAAACCUGCCAGUACUUGAGAGAAGAGCUCCAGCAGAUAACGUGGCAGACCUUUCUGCAGGAAGAGAUUGAGAACUAUCAAAACAAGCAGCGGGAGGUGAUGUGGCAAUUGUGUGCCAUCAAAAUUACAGAAGCUAUACAGUAUGUGGUGGAGUUUGCCAAACGCAUUGAUGGAUUUAUGGAACUGUGUCAAAACGAUCAAAUUGUGCUUCUAAAAGCAGGUUCUCUAGAGGUGGUGUUCAUCAGAAUGUGCCGUGCCUUUGACUCUCAGAACAACACCGUGUACUUUGAUGGGAAGUAUGCUAGCCCAGAUGUCUUCAAAUCCUUAGGUUGUGAAGACUUUAUUAGCUUUGUGUUUGAAUUUGGAAAGAGUUUAUGUUCUAUGCACCUGACUGAAGAUGAAAUUGCAUUAUUUUCUGCAUUUGUACUGAUGUCAGCAGAUCGCUCAUGGCUGCAGGAAAAGGUAAAAAUUGAAAAACUGCAACAGAAAAUUCAGCUAGCUCUUCAACACGUCCUACAGAAGAAUCACCGAGAAGAUGGAAUACUAACAAAGUUAAUAUGCAAGGUCUCUACAUUAAGAGCCUUAUGUGGACGACAUACAGAAAAGCUAAUGGCAUUUAAAGCAAUAUAUCCAGACAUUGUGCGACUUCAUUUUCCUCCAUUAUACAAGGAGCUGUUCACUUCAGAAUUUGAGCCAGCAAUGCAAAUUGAUGGGUAAAUGUAUCAAAAUAAGCACUUCUAGAAUGUCUGAAGUACAAACGUGAAAAACAAAACAACAAAACAAAAAUUAACCGAGACACUUUAUAUGGCCCUGCACAGACCUGGAGCGUCACACACUGCACAUCUUUUGGUGAUCGGGGUCAGGCAAAGGAGGGGAAACAAUGAAAACAAAUAAAAGUUGAACUUGUUUUUCUCAUGCAUAUGAUUUCCAUUAUGCCUACAGAUAUGGACCCUUUUUCUGUCUCAACUUCUCCAUCUUUUGACCUCUGUUUACAGCAGAAGGAGGGUACUAAAGUCAGAGGAUUUCCUUUUCUUGUAGUUCACUGCCCACAGACUUUCUCCAGAGUCACCAAUCUGUCAGUAACAACAGAGAGUCCAGCAAUAAUCGGUGACUGGUGUGCAUAGCGGAGGUGGCGGCAUUACUUUGCACAACUUGCUCUUUGUUUCAUGAAGGAAGUUUUUAUUUUUUUCACCGAUUAUUGCCAGUUCAGCAGGAUGGCAUGAAAAGGGUCCAUAGCAGUAGCAACAAUAGCAUUAUAAUAUAUUACAGGGUAAAUGGGCAUGAAGACUAUAUAUAGCUAAAAGAGAUAUUGUUUAUAUAUUGUUUUAAUUAAUAUAAAAUGUAGUUACUGGUGUAGCUUUUCCUGUUGAAUUGAUAAGGCACUUUCAUUUUGCACCUUUUUCUUUAAAUUAAAUGCUAGCGUGUUCACUGUCGUGUCGCAUGUGCACCAGAAACACAAGUUUAACUGAGAAGGCUUGGAAGGUACGUGGGAGGUAUUUAUGCUGCUGUUUACAAAAAUUACUUUUAAAAGACUGGCUGGUCAUAUCUAGAAAUCACCAUGUUGGGUUUUUGUUUUUUACACGUGAACUUGGAAUUAGAAACGGAACUCUCCCUAAAUUAUACUUUGCUUUUUUGGCAGGUUUAAGGGUAGAUGUGUUUACGCUUCAUACAAAGUUGAAUGAUUGAUUGGUGCUGUGGUCUUAUACCAUCAUGCACAUUAAAAAAAAAAAAAAAGAAGCUUUUUAAAAUGGCACUUCAUGGAGGUGGGAAGGGGAGGCUCGUUUUACACAAUUCAGUAGUUCUAUGGACUCAGUCUCAACUUGGAAUUUUUAUGCUUUGAGAACAAAUCUGUAACCAGAAUAUAUAUUGGAAUCUAGCUUUUAUUAUAAGAAGGACCCAAAGAUUAUAUCUGAAGCAAACACACACUCUCCAUAUGAGGACAUUAAGCAUUUACUUUGUGAGUGUUUAUGUUCUUGGUAUAAUCUAGGAACCCUAAAAGUUUAUCUCAGAAUGAACCAAUUCUAGAUUCAUUGUCUAUAGAUGUUAUAAUUCUAGAAUAUUGCCCUCUAUGUUUGAUAGACAAUGGAUAGGAAGGUGAGGGAGGCAUACAUUGUUGAACCAGUUUCUCUUAUUUAAAUAUUAAAUACUUUAAGCCUUUAAAGUAAAAUUGAUGCUAGCUGCAAACAUUUACUCUUGUAUUUAUCUUCACUAGAAAACUGUGGACUGUAAUUUAUUUUAUUAAAUAUUUAGAAGAUUAUUUGGCUUUUGUGUUCAGGUGAGGAAUAUUGAGUGUGUUUUUAUUUAAUUUCAUGUUGUUAUUUUUUUAAAAAAUAAUCCCCAGUAAGGGGAGGGGAAAGGAACAGUCUGGUAUACAAAUGUGCAUAUUUUAAAAACAAGUGACCUUUUAGGAAUGUAGGCAUUUAGAAGAUGAUUUCUUUAGUCGCACUAGGGGUGGGAUCCAAACUACUGGUCUGACGUCAAAGACCAUGUUUGUACGGAAGAAGGGAACAUCUUCCAUGGGUGUAAAGUGGGAGUUUCCAAGCAGCCCUUCACAUCAGAGAGUCUCCUCCACCAGGGUCCCUGCAGAAUCUUCCGCAGGAAUUUCAGCUCCUGAUGUCCUGCUGGGCGAACAGCAUGGGCUUCUCAGAGCAUUUCACUCUGUUUUUAACUCCACUGACUUUCUGACUUGUUUCCUGAGGGACGGUGGUGGAAAAGGAGAAGGAAUUAUUCACACGGACAUGUGUAUGAAGCCUAAAUAACAUCCAAAAAAAAUUUUUUUUUCAGAAAUAUAGUAAGGGAAGACAAAAGGAAUAUUCCUUUAAAUUUCUUACAGGCAAAUACAAUUUUAUGUAAGUGUUUAUAUAGAGAGGCUAACUGUCAGCAUAUAGUAUUUAUAUUUGGUCAAGAAGGGUUAAAUCAAAAUUUUAACUUAAGUAAGCAUAGUUCCUUUAAAGAUCAAUAGUAUUUAUACUCUGAAAAGAGUACCAAGCUUAGUUCAGUUAUUUAUUUGUCCAUUUUUUUUUCUUUUGUUUCUCCUUUAGGGGAAAAUGGUGUGGUGUUGUUUUUUGGGGUUUCUUUGUUUUGUUUUGUCGUUUAGAUUCACUAAAUUUGGGGAUGGUUUUAUCCAAGUAUAUUAACUUCUUUUUAACCAAAGCUUUCUGAAUAUGACCAGCCUCAGGUGCUAGCGCAUUAAAGAGCAACUAAACCUAAUUCCAGUGUCCAUUUGUGAAAUAAUUAAGAGCUAAUUGAACUUCUCUAAGGGUGAGAGAGAACAUAAUGUUGAACUUAAAAGAAAUUCCUUUUCCCAGAAAGGAUUUUGCUUGUACCUAAUGCAAAAAAAAAAAACAUGAGUAAUAGUCAUGCCAUGGUGACAUUGCUUUUAUGGUAAACCAAGUUAGAGUAACAUCAUGCUGGUUCCAGGUGUUUCUGAAAGAAAAGCAGAGGUGGGCUUUAAGAGCAAAGUCCAUCGACAGUGUAGGAAGAGAAAGUAGAGACAAAGACAUGCUCAGUGAAAUGAGGGAACAACUGACUAUUUGGAUCUAAGUUGGGAUCUGAGGUUAAACAAUAAAUUCAGUUGAAAAAACAUGGAGUCCAGAAAGGGAUGUGAAAAACUUUUGCCUUUUUAUUUUCUUCCUUUAUUAUAAAAACACCUGUAUGAUGACACAAAAUAUUUGGUGAUAUCAGAACAACUAUUCUUAAUAGUUCUUAUAAUUAAAAUUUCCUAAACUUAAAUGUCCAAUCAUCUUUUAAAGAUUGGAACUACACCAUUGUCAACCCGGCUGCUAUAAUGCCCUCAUACAAUUUUUUUUUUUCCAUAAGGUAAAUAAGGCUUUUGUACAAAGCCUGAAAACCUUCUGUAACAAUGGUGUUCAGAUGGUUGCAUUAUAUUGUGAAAAAACUGGCCUUGGUCACAAUGCAAACAAAAGUGCAGAUGAAAGUGCUUUUGGGGCAGUUUGCAAAUAGUGUUAUAAAACUAUGGAUUUUUUUUAAGUGUUCAGCAUCUUAAUUUGUGUUAAAACUAUGGAUUUUUUUAAAGUCUUCAGCAUCCUAAUUCACCCUUUAUAACUUAAGAAAAAUAUGACUUAAGACACUGCUUCUAAGUUUGGUUGUUCUUUAUAGUGUGGAUACCCAGAUAUUUGUGAGCGUAUGGAGGUGGGCUGAGAGGUGAAGAAGGAGCGUGUGUAUGUGUGUGUCCGUGUGUGUAUGAGGUGUAUGAGGUGUAUGAUGUGUGUGUCGGACCGCUUCUAGGCUACUAAGUGUCAAUGGAAAAGAAAAUGUAUUCAAAAUACUUAAAUCAAAACUAGAAGAUGGAAAAAAAAAAAGAUUUAUUCUAUACAAAGCCUUGUCUGGACCACUUUAGAGAGACUUCUAUUUUUUUAACCCUUCUAUAAAUAUUUGAUGGCACUUGAAAUAUUCCUGCAAUAAAAUGUGAUUUGUGUAAAGAAAAAAAAAAGAUUUUGUAAUGUGAAACAAAGAAAGAAAGUAAUGUAAUUUUCUAAAAAAAAAAAUACAAACAAACAAACUUUGUAUUAUUUUAUUGAUGGAAUUUGUCUAUCUGUCUUUGGAAAACUUUUUAUUUCAUUGAAUGUGCCAUAGUAGAAAUGCGUGUUUUUAGUUUUAGACUAAGGAAUAGCUAGCUGUUGUGUUCCGACAUUCCAAAAUGCAAAACAACCUAGUAGAAUCUUUAAUGAAAAGGUUUAAGUAGUGUGUAAGCUUCUCUCAUUGUUGCUUUUUUGCACAUGUUCCUCAUUCCUCUCUAGUGCAAUAUGUACAUAGAGCACUUGCAGGUGUACCUUGAUCCCUCAGGGAAAAAUACAUAUUUGUACAGUUUUUUGGGUUUUUUGUUUUUGUUUUCGUUUCUGUUUUGCCUUUUGUUUUUGGCUAAGGAAUGUCGAUCGAAUCACUUGUAAUUGUUGAGGGGCAGCCAGAUAAUAAUCCUAAAGCCACUGUUUCAAACAUUGAUUGUUUAAAUCAUGUGUCCUUCCAGUGCUAUUAUUUUAAGAUAAUAAUAAAAAGGUUAUUUUCUG